CCUUCAAUUACGGAACCACCUUCAAUUACGGAACCACCUUCAAUUACGGAACCACCUUCAAUUACGGAACCACCUUCAAUUACGGAACCACCUUCUAUUACGGAACCACCCUCAAGUACUAGAGCACCAGCCCGUGCUAAAUCUCGAAAUUCUCGCGGUAAGAAACGAGCACGAAAUAAUCGUAAAAAUUCGUCUCGAAAGUCCCGAGGCAAGCGCGGUCGACCUAAUGUGGCACCUGGGACAAGUCGAACCGAAGACUCGCGCAUUAGUGAUCAAGAUGAACAACUUGAAUCGAUGUCAGAUGUACCUCAGUCUUUGGUUGCUCCGGUUCCUGAUGUACUACCCGAACCAGAGCCAAAACAGACGAUAGCGCUGCGAAAAUAUCUUGAAACACUUUGUUUAAACGAACAAUUAAUAAGUCGUGAUCGAUUACUUCGUCUUGGGACGUAUAUACUUGAUUAUUUUGUUUCUCAAGCAUGGUGUCGCCCUUUUGUUAAUCCUGAAGACGAAUCUGCCGUCAUUUACCGCCAAAUCAUUUCACGUCUGAUGGAUUUGACAACAGUUGAACAUAAUCUUUGGGCAGGAGAAUACGAUGGUGCAGUUUCAAAAUUUUAUGAUGAUUUAGCCCAGAUUAUUUAUAAUGCAUUCAAAUUCCAUCCAUAAUAUUCAACGAAGCAAAUUUGAUGUUGGCGUGUUUUGUCGAUUUAACAACGAAAUUUUCAAAACCACCACAUGAUCUAAAUAAAUUGGAAUUCGCACUUGCUCAGGUUGG